GGUGGGAAGGAGUGGAAGAGAAGAGAAGGCAGAAGUCCGAGAGGACGCAGGAUGGGAAGAGGGAAGAUGGAGGAAGGGACGUGAUGGAUGGAGAGCUGAGAUUUGGGAGAAGCCCUCACAGCCGAAUGGGCAGCGAAGGACAGGAAUACAGUCAGAGGAUAGCAGCAGAGAUGGUGAUCGCACGGAUUGGCAGAAGAAGAAAGGGAGUUAUAGUUGUAAGGGAAAGCGGUUGCGAAGAUCAGAGAUCGGAGUCGGGAGGGGUUUCCAAGGCUGUUGUCUACGUGAUUAUGCCUGAGGACAGCGAGCUCAGCAAUUUCACCUCUCUUCUUGUCAUAGCAUUCAUUGGACAGCUUGUUGCAGUGCUUGACAUGAUGUACUCCCAGAUACAAUACGACAUAUUCUUUAUUGAUUGGGAGAAACCACAUAUCUUGAUUGCGACGCAUGGAAAGGGAGAGAAAGAGUAUGCCCCCGUCAGUGUCUGGCGUACUUUCUUCGUGGCGAAUGAGUGGAACAGGUUGCAGUGCAAGAGGAAGUCCUCUCUCUCCUUCACACUCAUCUUUCUGUUUUUCUUCUUGGAGGGGCUGGGGUUGAAGAGCUUGACUUACAUCCAUCCAAAUCUGAAGGGGGUGGGAGGAUUAGAACAUGCGCAGGAAAGCACGACCCUGCGAUUUGCGGUCAGCUCCUUCUUCAUCAUUGCCAUAUCAGGACUGCAGGUUUUGUAUAGGAAUGAGAUUCAUCAUAGAUUCAUUCAAGAUCCAUUGGUUCAAGUAAUGCCACGUCAGCAGCGCCACGUCACAGUGCCGGAUCAGCAGUGCCACGUCACAGUGCCAGGUCACAGUGCCACAUCAGCAAUGCCACGUCACAGUGCCAGAUCAGCAGUGCCACGUCAGCAGUACCAGGUCACAGUGCCACGUAAACAGUGCCACAUCAGCAGUGCCACGUCAGAAGUGCUACGUCACAGUGCCAGGUCACAGUGCCACGUCAGCAGUGCCAUGUCACAGUGCCAGGUCACAGUGCCACGUCAGCAGUGCCAUGUCACAGUGCCAGAUCAGCAGUGCCACGUCAGCAGUACCAGGUCACAGUGUCAUGUAAGCAGUGCCACAUCAGCAGUGCCACGUCAGACAGUGCCACGUAAGCAGUGCCAUAUCAGCAGUGCCACGUCAGACACAGUGCCACAUCAGCAGUGCCACAUCAGCAGUGCCACAUCAGCAGUGCCACGUCAGACACAUUGCCACGUCAGACAAAGUGCCACGUCAGCAGUGCCACAGUUGGAGAGACAGUACCAGGACCUGACGCAACAGCAUCAGGAGUUGGCACAGCUCCGCCGCAUGGUGCAGAGCCACGAGGAUGCAACCCGGGCACUCAAUGCCCGAUUGCUGGACCUGGAACAGGCUGUACCAAGACCAACUGUUGGGGCUUCCAGCAGUGCACCCUCAAGCCGCCAACUGGAGGACCGCGUUGACCACGUAGUGGCAAUGCUCAGCGACAUCAGCACCUUCGCUGCGUCGACCACCACCAUCAGCAGUCAGCUGCAUACAUUGAAGACCGAGGUCCAGCAGCUGCAGACGACGAACGGGGAUGGCAAUCCGAAGAUGUAUAAGAUGCCAACCUUCAAUCUGGAGAGGUUCGACGACUACAUGCAGCAGGAUCCGGUCCUCUGGUGGGAAGCAUUCACAAUGCAACUCAGGAUUCUGCCCGUAGCCAAGCAUGCGUACAUCAGCGCCCUGUUCCUGAACUCAAAGGGCGGAUGCCAGACCUGGUUGAGCCACCUGGCAACCUCCCACGGCGUCGACGUACCAGACUUGAAGGACGUAAUCACAUGGGAGAACUGACACGGCUGUGGAAGAAGCAGUUCAUCGUCGACGACGCGCCGACACUCGCCAUCAACCUUUUGUUCACCAUGUCACAGGGCAACAGCAACACGGGACUGGCUCACGGUGGCAGAAGAUUGUGGUUGUGCCCAAUCUGAACUUACCAUUUGAGCAUCUACGUCGUGAGUUCUACAACAGGUCCUGUGCUGCAUUGAGCCAGGCUCUUGGUGAUCGCAAGCAGUACUCAACCUUCGCGGAGAUCAUUGACAAAGCGAGGGAGAUCAUCAAGACCAACAGGUCAGCUGCACACGAGAAAUCAACAUCAUGGCAGCCG